CUCGCCGGUGUCAGUCGAAUAUAUUUUCAUAAAUGAGUGAAAAAAUCGGUGAAUUCGCUGGAAAAUUCAGUUAAUAGAAGAUGUCUGGUCCACCGAAUAUCAACAGUGGGCCGACAAGUGGUAGCGGACGAGGACGGCUUCGAACGCCCCCACCAACUUAUUUUCGGUCACCAUCUCCGUGGGUCCCUCCUAGAUCAACACCAAUUAGACAGCAUUUGUCUCCAUUACAUAAUACGAGUGAAACUCAAUAUGCGUCGCAGUACAAUGCUACACCAGUUUACGUAGUUCAGCCAAUCUCUAGUUAUCAAUACGUAGAUAUCAAUGAAACACAGAACCAAACACCUGUUAACAUCAGGUAUUCAAAUAAUGCUGCGCAAAAUUAUGCAAAAAUACAGGAAACGCAUGGCGCUAGUACAGCUCAUUUUACAGAAAGUCAUAUGAAUAAAGGAAGGGAUAGUACCCAAUUAUAUCAGCUGAAAAACACAUCACAGCCGAAACAAUUUGCUAAUGUUACAUCAACUAUCGGUAACUAUGAUACACCUUCUUCACAAAGAAGGCAAACAACGCCUCAAAUGUUUCCACCGGAUUCAAGCAUGCAAAGACCACACUCAAGAGGUCCCAAUAUCCGCCAGAAUGUUCCAUCCUAUCAAUAUCAAACUAAUUUUGAGCAGUCGUUAAGCAUCGAAACUGAUCAUAAACCACAAUACGUCAUAUAUGAUUGUACUGGGGAAGCUGGACCAUCAACCGCAGAAAUAAUAGCAAAUCAAUCGCAAGACUACGUGGAUGAGAAAUUAGCCGAAUACCAAGCCACUAUAUAUUUAUUACAAGAUGAACAAGAACGUGUACAGAAGAAAACAUUUGUGAACUGGAUAAAUUCAUUCCUUACCAAGCGAAAUCCACCUUUAAAAAUUGUUGAUCUGAUUCAAGACCUGAAAGAUGGAACAAAAUUGUUGGCCUUGCUUGAACUGCUUUCUGGCCAGCGUUUACCUGUGGAAAAAGGCAAAGUAUUGCGACGGCCUCAUUAUUUGAGUAAUGUAAAUACGGCUCUCCAGUUCCUUACAAGUAAAAGGAUAAAAUUAGUAAAUAUCAAUCCAUCAGAUAUAGUUGAUGGCCGUCCUGCUGUGGUAUUGGGCCUUAUUUGGACAAUAAUAUUAUACUUCCAAAUAGAAGAAAAUAGUCGUAUUUUACAUUACUUGAAUGCAAAUCUCAGCGGAUCCGUAAGCAGCUUGGAUAGCCUUUCAACAUCAUGUAUUCAGAGCCCAAUUAAACCUCUGCUUCAAGAUUCUGCUUCAAAUAAAACGUCACAAGAAAUGCUGAAACAAGGCCCUAGGAAAACCCUCCUAGGUUGGGUGAAUAAUGCGCUUCCGAAACAAUCAGGAUUGGACAUUAAAGAUUUUGGCGCAAGCUGGAGAGAUGGAUAUGCAUUUUUGACGCUGAUUGACGCAAUUAAAACAAAUGUGAUCAAUAUUGCAGAUAUGAAACGAUGCAAUAAUCGUCAUCGUUUAGAUACAGCAUUCAAUGUGGCAGAAACGGAGCUAGGAAUAGCAAAACUUUUGGAUGCCGAAGAUGUAGAUGUUAACUGUCCAGACGAAAAAAGUAUUAUGACGUACGUUGCACAAUUUUUGCACAAAUAUCCAGAUGUCAAGAACAUCAAUUCAAAAAGUGAAAGUGAACAAGAACUGUUUGGCUUAUUGAACUGGCUUCAAUCUAUAGUUUGUUACUAUGACAAUUUGAAUGGAAACUAUCCCAAUAAGUAUGAGUUGUAUGAAAAACUUAAUCUUGAAAAAUUGGAAAAACAUAAUCUUUAUAAGAAGGUAAAAAAUAUUCAUGCUGGAAAAUUAACACCAGAAGUACAAGAUCUGAAUGAUUUCUGGCAGCGAUUAGAGGUUCAUUUGCAGCAGUGGUUAUGGUUUUUGGAUUGCUCUCUUCCAGAACAGUUUGCUGUUAUUGGUCUGUGGUUAAGUAAUGGAGAAAAACUGUUAAUCGACAGUGACAUUCCAAGUAAUAUGAACGAAGAAACUGCCUCGCUUAUCAGCAAAAAGUUGGAGGCACACAAACAGUUUUUUGCUGCUUAUCCAGAAGUAUAUGGAACAUUUAACGAUUUGAAAGUGUCUAGCAUAGCUCUGAAAGUUCCAGAAAAUCAACUCGCAAAUAUAGAAAAACGCUUAUUUGAUAUCGACACCAAUGCGAAACAACGACGAAUAAAGUUGAAAUUUCUUGAACACAAAUGUUGUCUGAUUGCUUUCCUAAAUUUGCUAGAAAAUAAAAUAAACAGUGUAAAAUACAGUAAUGAAAACACCGUCAAACAAUCUCUUGAGCAACUGAGAAAUUUUGUUACAAGAAACCAGAUCAUGCAAGAGUUCGAAAAAGCCCUUAUCGAUAUGAGGCAGGUUAUCGAAGAGUAUAAAGUAGAUGGAAAUAUUGUCAAGAAGGAAGAGUACAAUAUCGACACUUUCCUACGUGAAAUUGAAGAUAGGUGGAAAAAUAUUUCAUCACGCUUGAUAUGUACUGAAACUAUGCUUGAAGACGUAUUAUCGCAUUGGAAGCGCUGGAGGAAUCUAUCAGAUGAACUAGAAAAAUGGAUAGAAGCUGCUCAGAUUGCGCUAAAUGGAAGUGAAGAUGAAAAAAUAGAAUUUUUCCAAAAUUUAGCAACGUAUAAAGAAAAGAUCAGCUUGUUGGCAGACACUUACAAUAUACUGAAGUCUACAUGUGAUUAUGACACCGCAAAUAAGAUUGAAAAUACCUACAAACAACUUUUACGUCAUUGGGAUAAAAUAUUUCAAUAUUCGAAGCAAUACCUUCACGUUGGAGAUGUUUUACAACAUAGACAAAAGUUCAAGACAGAUGCCGCUCUUUUAAGUGAUUGGAUACGAAAUGCUGAAAUAAUAUUAUCAAUGAAUAAUCUGAAAAACAUAAAUGAAAUUAAACAAUCUGAAGCGGAGGUGAAGAAAAUUGCAUGUGAAAUGGAAUCCAAAGAAGAGUUAUUUAAAUCCGUCAGUAGAAGCUUCCAAGUUCUGAUAAAAGAAUAUUCGAGAGAUGAAGUUGAUAAGAUGAUGACUCUUAUGAAAAGAGAUAAAGAAGCGCUAGUUUGUAUUCGAGCGCAGAUUCCUAUUAAGCUACAUCUUUUUCAUCAGCUAUUAACUCAGCAAGAGGCAUUGGAGUCCGGUCGGAAGGAAAUUUCAGAAUGGUUAGAUGAAGCCGAAAACCUUCUCAUAUCAUAUGCAUUCAAUAAUGAAUCUCAGCAAUCUAUAUUGAAUCUGACGAAACAUAAAAAUUUCUUCAACCGAACAUUAUAUUAUAAAUCAAUGCUAGAAAGCAAAAACAAUGUUUUUCACAAUCUUCUUAAAUUAACCAAUGCUGAUAAUAGCGUGAAUAUGAACGACUUAUCCAAUAAAAUGAAGCAACUAAACGAAAGGUUCGCGUAUGUCAUAAAUAACGCUAAUGACUGGGAAUAUAAACUUCAAGAAAACUUGAAAGCAUGGGAAAAAUUCAACUCUAGUCAAAGAACUGUUGAAAAUUACUUACGUCAAGCAGAAUCAUGGCUUAAUGCAACUAUGCCGCUAGAGAAACAAAGCGAUGUGCGAACACAGCUUGACUUUUUCAAAAAUGCUGAUCAAAGUACCAUCAGUGCCUUGGAAUCAAACACCGAAGAGCUUCUCAAAUAUUUGCCGCCAAAUGAACAGAAAAUGAUGAUUUUAAACAUCGAAUCACUUCAAAAGCAUUGGAGUGAAGUAAUAUCAAAUGUUCCUCAACAUCUCAUGAAACUUGAAUUCCGUAUGAAUGAAAUUAUGUUUUACAGUCACAUAAGCCAAAUAGAAAAAGAGUUGAACAGUGAAGAGCAAGCGUACAACUGUAAUGAAAAUUACGAAAGUAUUGUGCAACGAAAUGAAGAUUUUUUCAAAGUCAACGAUCUCCAAAACGUUGAAAGAGUGCUGGCAGCUUUGGAAAAAAUAAGCUAUGUUCAUGCGGAUCAAUUUUCCAAUGAUCGUGCCUUAUGCCAACAGUACCAGAUAGCAAACAACACUUGGAUUGAAAUGUGUAAAAGAAUUGAUAAUGUAAAAAACAUUCUAAACAAGAUUCCAGCGCAAUGGGAUGCUUAUCAUGAAAAGUUUAAUGAGAUGAGCCGAUGGAUGGAUUCCGUAGAUCAAUCAUUGAAGCAAAUUAUGAUUGAAAAAGAGACAAUGGAGCAGUUCGAACAGGAGAAAAUAACUUUCCAGAAUAUAUGUUUCGAAGCUGAUGCCAGAAGGGAAGACAUGAAAUGGUUGGUCAAAACGCUUGAUUUUUUACUGAAUCAUGCAAAUGAAGAACAGGCAGCGACCGAGCAAGAAAAAAUUGAAAAAUUAAUUACCCGUUACAAAACCCUGAUUCCUACGAUUGAAACAACAAUGGUGAAAACUGAAAUAUUCGCCAAGUGUUACACUUAUCGUCAUGAAACUGAAGAAAUUUGUAAGCUGUUGGACCGAAUAAAAAAUCAAAGCGAAAAUGCUCCAACACCAGAAAGCUACCGUAAUAUAAACAGUAUGAUCGAGGAACAGAACGUUUCUUUGAAGGAGCUAGAUAAUCAGAGAGGACACAUCAUGAAAAUGCUGCAAAAAGGAAAAGAUUUGAGCAAAAAUGUAAAUGCACCCGAUUUUGUUACCAAGAAAACAAAAAUACUGGAGAGUAGCUGGAACGACACGUAUAAUGAAACUGCUGAAAAACUAAGAGCAUUAAGAGCAGUACAAAAAACAUGGAGCGAUUAUAUUGAACAGAAAGGAAUUAUUGAAAAGUUACUCAGCACUGCUGAAUUGGAGUUAAGAUCUAUCACUCCCCUCCAAACAGACCCUACGAGCGUCACACAAGACCUUGAAAUGAAGAAGCAACUUGCUUUGAACUUGAAACAAGCCUCAUCUAAAUCUUUUCUGCAGUUGAAUGAUCUGUGCAGAGAAUUGGGUUCAGCCAUUCAGCCAUCAGCAAUCCAAGCAUUAGAAAAAGAAACAUCUGAUCUACAAAACAGAAUGAUUAAUACGACUGACUUUGUGGAUAAACGAAUAGAUUACCUUUCAGAUUAUAAUGAUAAAUGGAAUGAUUAUAAAAAACGCUUGGAUAGUUUAAGGAGUUGGGUUGGGAACGUGUAUCCUAAAAUGGUAGCAGCAAUUAAACAACCACAAAUUACUUCUGCCGAUAGGCUACAAAAAACGAAACAAUUAGAAAAUGUUUUGACAGAAAAAAUUAAAACAUUAGAUUUUCUUAAUGCAAGCGCUUCAGAUUUAGCUUCUAAAGAAGGUAAUUUAUCUGAGAUGAAACGUCUGAAAAGCGAGGCACAAUGUUUACAAGUUACUUUUUCUGAAUUAAGUAAUGCUCUCAGUAUAGAAAAAGCCAAUGUUAACCAAGAUUUAGAAGUUUGGGGCCGCUACAAUGAUGAUGUUAGCAAAGUAAAAGAUUGGAUACAUGAAGCACAAUUACCGCUUCUGAAUAAAGUAUGCACUCUUCAAGAUGCUGUUUCUCUUCAAUCAAGAUUUAAUGAAUUAAAUGUACAAUGUAACAAAAAAUUUGCAGAGCUGGAAAAUUUAUCACAAAUAUGCAAAAAUAUCAAAUAUGGUAUUAAACCAACCGAAGAAGUAGACAAAUGCUAUGCAGCGUUAACAGAUUUUCAUGAAAACACACAACAUGCAAAAGGAAAGGUAGAUAAACUUGUUAAAAAUUUUUCUGCAAUGGAUAAUGAGUUGUCCAAAAUUAAUUUCUUCAUUGAAGGAGCAAAUGAUAAAAUGCGCAAUUUCUCAUCCAUUAAAUCAGAACGAUUACCAAUUGAUAAAUUGGACGAAACAUUAAAGUUGCUGCGUAUGUUCAACAAUGAAAUUUCUGAACAGCAAGCCAAACUUAUAUCGCUUGUUCAUAUCUUUGACCAAAUCAAUAAUGGUAUUUCAGAGCAAGGAGUACCUCUAUUGAAAAGUAAAUUACAAGAGCCUAAAGAUCAUCUAUCUGGUCUCAGUGAUGCUGUACGAUGUAUGAUAAACGAAUAUUACCAGCAUAUUGUCGUUCAACAGAAUUUCAAUGCAAAGCUUACUGAUUUCAGCAAUUGGAUGGAUCAAAUGACAACUAGCAUCGCAGAAUUGGAAGAAACUCUGCUAGAUGAGAUAGAACUUGCUCUACAAAAAGCACGUUAUUUGUUACAACAACAUUCGGGAAAACGAGAAGUGUUUAAUGAAAUUUAUUCACAUAUUAAGAAUGACAGCCUUACAUCCGUCAUUGGAGAUGCUUCAGUACUGGAUGAAACCUAUUCGUCCCUAGCAAGUAAUUAUCAGAACAUAGAAUCUGACUUGCAGGCAUACAUACACUAUUUACAGAGCUGGUCAGAUUUUCUGCAUUGGUAUUACGGAAUCAAGGACCAGAUUCAACACUUGAAUGACAGUGUCAUGCAAUACGAUUUAGUAGAUGAAAAUGAACUUAAAAAUAUAAAAAAUACAAUUGCAAACCAUGAAAAUGAUAUCAGUAUUUGGAAACAAAAAAUGGUAUCUUUAGAGGCUCAGCCAAAAAUUAACAUCAACGAUUCGACUGGAAAUAAAAUUUCCGCCAUUUCCUUAAUUAUGGACUUGGAUAAAAAGUUGGAAAAAAUUAAGAUUUAUUGUGACGCAAAGUCGACUGAAUUAAAUGAUAUUAAACAAAGAGUCGCUGUUUUCCAGGAGACACAAAAGCAGAUAGUUGAAAAUUUGAAUUCAAUAUCUGAUAAACUUAAAUGCAUUGUUAAAAAUGCGAGGUUAUCCAACCUAGCCGAUUGCAUAGAGGAACUUUCUGUUUUGAAUGGAAGUGUUAGUGACGAGUAUUCGUCGAAAACACAAGCCAAUUAUGAAGCAAAUUUGCUCAUGAAACAAGAAGGGGUCCUUCUAAAUAACGUACAAGAGCCACUUGUUGUUCUUGAUAAAGAGUUGGAAAAUAUUCAACUUGAUAUUAAUGAAACACUAGAAAACUUCGUGAAUGUACGGGAUAACUACAAUGAUUUUAACAGAUACAAUAUGGCUUUAAAUACGGAGCUUAAGAAUGUGGCUGCUGUCAACAAAGCAACUGUUUCGAAUGUUUCUGAUAAGCAAUCAAUAAUUGACCGAUUGGAACAGUUGCAUCGAAGCUCAGAGUCUAUGAGAAAGAUUAAAAAGCAUGCUGAUGGUGCUUCAAAUAAAGGCAAUGACAUUGUUAAAGCAUUUCGGAAAUAUAAUGCAUUAGAUUGUGAAAAUCUACUUGAAAUCAUAAAACAAAACAAUAAUACAUUCAAAACCCAUCUCGAUGAACUGAUUGACAACAGUAAUGCCUUGAACGAUAAAUUGUCAUUGUUCAAACAAAUCGAAGAGAUAAACGGCGAUGUUACAUUAUGGCUUGAGAAAACUAAAGAUCACUUUAAUAAUGGGAUAGAUAAUCCGAGUGAAAUAGAGCAUAAGCUUAUCAACUAUAGAAAUGAACUCCCUGGUCAGCUUCUAUGCAAAAAUAAUUUAAACAGCCUUCUAUCUGAAUUCAAAAAGAUCAACAAUUGUUCUUUACCACAGCCUCUGGAAACAAUGGAAACAAAUAUUGAAUCAUUGUUCUCUGAAAUUCAAACUCAUUAUGAUAAAUUAAAUUGUAAAAUUAAUGAAUAUGCUGAAAUAGAUAGGGAUUUGAAAGAUCGGAUCAAAAUAAUAAUUGAAAAAUUAUACAGCAUCCGAGAAGAGCUCAUGAACUGCGACGAUGUUACUCUAGACGUCAACAAACAAAUACGAAAUCUUGAAAAGUUGCAGACUCUUCGAAAUGUAAUGAAUUCAGUAAACAUUGAAAUAACAGAGCUUAAAAAUGAUUUCAUCAAUGCUGAGAUGAAGUUUGAUUCUAUUAAAGAAAGUACGACUUCUAGAGAGCUCCAGAGCUUGGAACAUCGCUUUGGAAUGAUACUUAAUAACCUGAAUGAAGUAGAUGCUAAACUAAACAAAGCGAUUGAAAAAACUUUCAUUGAUAAGGUUUUAUCAAUAAAUCGUAUGGUUUCUUCCCAAUUAGAGAAAUUGAAAUGGUGCCAGCCAGAAGCGAAUAGCGAUAAAGGCAAUUUGGAAAUAAAAAAAUCUGCAUUGGACAAUAUAGAACACACUCAAAAUGAAUGUGAAGCUAAUUUAUUACAUCUGUCAGAGUUAUUGAGUUACUUUGAUGGCGUUAUAGGUCAGCAAAAAGUUGACCACUUCAGAGAGGAGAAAAAAGAUGCUGACAGCAAUUUGAGUUAUUUAAAAUCGGAGUCUGAUAAAAUCAAAUCCAAAAUCAAUUCUAAUAUAGCACUAUGGGAAGAAUAUGAACUUAACUCUGGAGCAAUAGUCAAAUGGUUGAAAGAGAUUGAGAAAAAACACAAGAUGGAAACAAUUCUUCUAAUAGAGUUGAAAAUAUUAGAUGAUAAAAUAGAAGAAACUAAAAACACCUACCAAUCAUUGAUGGAUUUUCAAAUAAAUCUGAAAAAUCUCCAUGAUGUAGCAAACAAUAUAAAUAAUUUGAAUCCAGAAUCACGCGUUCUGGUGCUUGUCAAUCAGUUACAAACAAGAUUCAAUACAUUUGAAAAACAUUUUUCUUUUCUUUUAAACAGAUUAUCAGAUGUGGCAACUAAAAACAAACAGUUCAGAAAGUCAUUGAAGGAAAUGUUUGAUUGGAUUGAGACUAUGAAGCCACAAUUGGCUCGUUUUGCUAAUUCAACAAACGAAAACCACGUAGAAUUGAAGAGCUAUCGGGCUCAAAUAGUAGCUCAAGAACAAUUAAUCAAUGAUGCGUGUUCUAUAGGUGAAAACUUGUAUGCUGAAGUUAAUCCUGAUUGUCGUGAAUCAAUAAGGAUGGACAUUGUGGCAUUAAGAAAUGCAUACCGUGCUCUAUUGGAUGAAAGUAAUCUGAUUUUAAAAGAGAUGGAAGCAAAUAUCGUGAACAAAAAAACAAGUGAUGAAAGCCACGGUCAACUUGUGAAAUGGUUGCAAGAGUUGAAAAACAAAUUCCAUAGCAUGCCCUCAGUUUAUGCCAAUCUUCAGCUUAAAAAAGAUGCUGUUUUCGAUUGCAAGACGAUGAUCAAAGAUGCAAACUAUCACAAAUCAAGUGUUGAACAACUACAGAAAAAGUGUGCAUCUCUGUAUAGUACAGAUGCUCUAGCCAAUAUUUAUAACACAUGUGAACAAUACAAUUCUCUUAUAAACAGCCUUUCCAAUAAACUUACCAUUUAUGAAAAAGCUGUGAAGGACCAUGAACAUUACAACAGUUUGUUGGAAACAUCUCGCGACUGGUUACUGAAACUUAAAUUACAAACUAAUGACGUAUUCAAUGAUGCCGCCGAUCUCAUCAAGGGCAAAAUCCAAGAAUAUUUAUUAGUUGUUGACAACACUCUUAUGGAAGAAGAAGCUGUUUUGGAUAGUCUCAAUGACGUGUACAAUCAAUAUACAACUGUUUUAAGUGAAACAGAUGAAGUUGGGCAUUCAAAUUUACUCCAGGCUUUUGAAGAAUGCAAAGGCAACUGGACUAAUUUUUUUGAGAACUGUAGAAAAACAAAAUCAAAGUUGACGAAUUAUAUAAAUCAAAUUGAAAAUGCUAAUCACGACUUAGACGAUUGGCUAACUACACUUAGUCAAACUAAAAGCAAUAUAAGAGCAUUAUCCUGUCAAACACCGAUAGAUUCUAAACAAAACGCUAUUGCCGAGUUAGUAGAUAUCAAAAAGGGUAUUGAAGACUAUGGAUUACAGAUGUGUAAUAAAAUGAAAGAAUAUCAAGAAUUAAAAGCGAACUAUGACAUUGCUUCUAAAUACAAUCAUGUUCAAACUGAUUACCGAAACGUAAUAGAUUUGUGUAUGGAUGCUAUUGAUAAAACAAAAACAGUUAUUAACGAUCAAGUCGAUUUCGAUAAGGCAUACAACGAAUUCAUUAAUACGAUAAUGAGCCAACUUUCAACAUUAGAUAAUCUUCAAUUGUUAGUUGGCGACCUGAAUGUAUUACAAAAUCGACAGAUUCAUCUUAAAGAAAUUGCAUAUAAACGGCUUGAUGACGGAAAUUCUUUAGAGGAGUUAAUCAACAGGGGUGAAAAAUUAUAUGCUCAAACAUCAUCAGAGGACCGCGACCAAAUUCGUCUGAAAUUAUCAGAAUUGCGAAAACGUUGGGAUGAAUUUUCUGACAAACUAGAAUCAACAUCACAGAAAGUGGACCAGUGUAUUCUUCAAUUAGGGGAAUUCAGCCUACAACAAGAGCAGCUUUCUAAAUGGUUAAAAGAUAUUGAAAUGUCCAUGAAAUCUACUUCUGAACUAAAAUCCAAUAUUCAAGAUAAACGAUCCCAAUAUCAAAAUCAUAAACUCAUGCAUCAAGAAAUCCUCUCUCAGAAUGCAUUACUUGAUUCAGUUUGCAACAAAGCGCAGCAUUUGCUUUUAUUAACUAAUGACCAACAUCUAGGUUCAUAUUUAAUAUCAAUUAAGGACACUUACAAAAAUAUUGUUCAAAAAUCAAAUGAACUUCUCAUUAAUCUUAACGAUUGUGUGAAUGCACAUAACGAUUAUAACAAUAUUUUGAAUAAAUUAAAAAUUUGGAUAACCGAAGAGAAAGAUAAAAUCACAGUAUGCGACGAUGAAGGAGGUGAAAAACAAGAUAUUGUUAAACGAAUCGAAACUCUUAAUAAUCUUAAGCUUGGGCUAUCUAAAGGUGAAGAAUUACUAAAUCAAUUAGAAAAAAGCCACGAUAUAAACAAAUUAAGUACUGCUCCCGAAGGUAUAAUGAUUGCCGAGCAAGAGAUCACUGCUGUUCGAUCAAAUAUUGAUGAUCUUAAAGAAUAUUUGAAAGAAACUACAGAAACUCAGCAGAAAUGUUUAGCGAUAUGGAUAAAGUUCGAUCAUGAUUUAGACACUCUCACAAAAUGGUGCAGAUCUGUUGAAACAAUUUUCAGAGAUCAGCAACUGUAUGAUACGCUUGAGCAAAAGCAAAAUCAGUUACAAGUGUAUCGUACCAAUUUGGAGCAUAUCAAUGAUAAACAAAAGGAUGUCGAUGAUUUUGUUGCGAAUGCCCAAGCUUUAUUCAGCAAAACGGGAAUUGAAAAAGUAAAAUUCUAUAUCAAUCAACUGAUAAAUCGAUAUCAGCUACUUCUUGUUUUGAGUAAAGAAGUGGUUAAUCGUGCUCAAAAUAUCGUCAAUGAUCAUAUAAGCUAUGACGAAAGGUUGACAGAGUGUCGAUCGCGAUUGCUUAAGAUUGAAAAUAAUAUAAAAAUAUUAGCUGCUGAGAAAAAUUCCACUGAUAAUCAGAAUAUGAUGCAAGUCAUAGAUAUCGAAAAAGAAAAAUUAGAAAAUUACAUGCCUGCACUAGUAACUGCAAGUGAAAAAGUUUUGUCAGAAACUAGCUCACAAGGCCGCGAAAAAAUACGUGACGACAUGAAAAAGAUUAAAGAUCAAUUUGAAAAUAUCAUUGCAAACAUUGGCAAUUUAAAGAAUCAAUUGGACGUUAGAUCUGUACAGUGGUCGUCAUAUAAAGACAGUAUUCACCAAAUAUUAUCUUGGCUUGACAUCACAGAAAAAAAGUUGGAUAGAAACGAAACUCAAAGUUGGAACACAACUCAAGAGAUUCGGUCAAAACUUUUUAAGUACAAAGCUCUGGUACAGGAAGUCGCGAGUCAGAAGCGAAUGAUAGAUUCGUUAAAUGAAAAAGCAGCUCAGGUUUGUGAAAAUCAAAAUGACGAUUUGAGCUCAACAGUGCAAUCCAUCAAUGAUCGAUAUGAUGGCUUAAAGAAAACAUCAAGUGACAUUGUUCUCAAUCUUGAGCAAUCUUUAUCAUUGCUUAAUCAAUUUAAUGAGCAACUGAAAAGCUACAUUGACGAGCAAGAAGAUCUUUUUAAUGAAUUGAAACAGCUUUCUGAUGUUUCUGGUAGCAGAAAAUCUAUUCAGGACAAACUCCUGAAAGUACAACAACUUCAACAAAUUAUUCCAGAGAAAAGCAGGAACUUAACUUAUAUGAACAAACUUAUUACUGAUAAUAAUGAUCUCAUCUCUCAUGGAGCGAAAAUUACUAUGGAACAAGAUUUAAUGAGAGUCCAACACGAAUUUGAAAAGCUGAAUAGUUCUAUAAACGAUACCAAACUAGAAUUGGAAAAGCGCAUCCAACUUUGGAGCGCUUACCAAAAUGAUCUAGAUGACAUCAACAGUUUUUUGUCAGAAAUCGAAGAUUCUGUAAGGUCGUACUGUUUGAAAAACACUCUUCCGGAGAAACAAGAGCAAUAUGAACUUUAUCAAGUUUUAUCUGGAAAGCUGAAAAAUAAACAGCUCUCUGUUGACUCAUUAUUGGACAAGACAUCAGAAUUGCUUCAAAGUAGUGGCGAUGCAAAAAUGCCCAUCACCAUGCAACAAAUUAAAACUCGUAUGCAGUCUGUAGAGAAUACUGUUAAGGAAAUUUAUAAAAAGUGCGAGCAAGCCUAUGAGGAACACAAACUAUACAAAACAAAAUAUGGAGAAUCUGUUGUUGAAAUGGAUUCAAUUGUGGAAUCUUUUGAAAAUUGCAAAAUCAACCAAGAAAAUACCCUUGAUGACAUAACACAAAUCCUCAAAACGUUAUUAGCUAAGCAAAAUGCAGUGAAUGUGCACUGCAGCUUGGUAUCAGAUAUAGGCGAAAGACUUUAUACUUCAACAGCAUCAACAGGUCAUCAAGUGCUUCGAAAUGAAAUUCAAGAUUUGUUGCAAAGAUAUGAGAAAAUGUUUGAUGACAUUUGCUCUUAUCUGAAAAUGUGCGAAGCUAAGACCACUAAACUUUCAGGGUUUAAUGAAAAACUUGAUCAAAUACAGCGAUGGUUGGAAGAAAUUGGCUCCAGCUUGACUUGCGAAAUGAUUUUGAAGCCAACACUUGAUGAUAAAAUAUGUCAACAGCAAACAUAUAUUGAUUUGUUCAGUGACAUAAAAAAUCAUAAGCCAGAAAUAAACAAUAUUCAAGAUCUUUUUAACAAUUUGAAACUUGAAAAUACUGAAAUCAACUCAGCAUAUGCUGCAAUCCACAAAAGUUAUAACGAAUUGUUUGAAAAAUGUCAAUAUUUUGUACAGGCUUAUGAAAAAAUUGUUUAUAACCAUCGCCAAUACUGUAAAAUAGUACUAGAAACGUCUGAUUUUAUAGAUGCAAAUCAUAAUACAAUAGAAUUAUGGGGCGAAACUGAUCUAGAUCAAGUAUCUUUGCACACGAAUUUGGGUCGAUUACACGAACUGAAAAUGUCUAUCAUAUCGGAGAGUAAUAGAAUUGAACAAAUACGUACACUUGGGGAAUUGACUAUACCUGACACAAGUGACGAGGGAAAGGCAAACAUAAGGCUACAGAUUGACAUAUCUCAACAGGAAUGGGAAGGAGUUUUGGUUGCGAUCGAUUCUACAACAGAAAAAUUGCAAUCCAAAAUUACCGAAUGGAAUGAUUAUGAAAAGCUUCGUUCGGACUGCAUGAACUGGAUACGUGAAGUUGACUCAAAAAUACAUUCAAUUGAUUUAAAGUCUAGCCUUAACGAAAAGAAAGCCACAUUAGACUAUUUGAAAAGUCUUCAGGGUGAGGUCAAAGCCAAAGAGCUAGAAAUUGAUAGUUUCACCGAAAAAGCGCAGAUGCUCUAUAGAGGAUACCUUAGUAGUAGGAACUCACAAAUAUCUGAAUUGGCUGUAAAGUAUCAACAAACUACUAAUCGCGUAAAAGAAUUAGCUACAAGAUGGCAACAGUAUGUUAUAAGCCACCAGGAAUUAGAAUCACAAGUGUCUAAUUGCAAACAAUGGCUGAGUGGUAUACGGGAGAAACUCAAUUUCUGUGCUGAUCAGAGUACUACUUCAGAGAAAGAAAUGCAAAGCAAAAUGAAACUAAUCCUAGAACUUAUCGGCAAUAAAGAUGAAGGUUCCUUACAGAUUAAGCUUAUAAUGGAUUUGGCCCAACAAGUUCUUGCAUGUACUACUUCAAUUGGUCACGAACCAAUCAAUAGCUCCAUUACUUCUUUACAAGACGAAUGGUCGGCUUUGACAUUGAAAAUGGUGGACGUGAGAUCUAAUCUAGAUGAAGCAAUCAAUCAAUGGUCAGGAUUUUUGGAUCAAGUAAAUGAACUACGCAAAAGUAUAGAAUGGAUGGAAAAUGAGUUUAAGGCCUACUCAGAAUAUCAACAAACCAUGGCCGAAAAACGUGCUCAGCUAGACAAAAUAAAAAAUUGCGAAGAGAAAAUACGAUUGGAACGCAUUGAAAUCGAACCGCUUAAACAGAAAGCAGCUGAAAUGUGCAGCUUAGGACAGCAAACUCAAGCUGCGAGUACGGCCAAACAAAUUCUGGCCAAAUUUGAUUACGUUGCUGAUCAGAUCAGCAAAUUGUUAACUGAAAGAGAAGACCAAUAUCGAGACCACCGAUUGUAUAAGGAAGCGUUCGAUGAUUUAUUGAACUGGAUACACAGAGCCCGUGAAAAAUUACCAUCUGUAAAACAACAAUCACUCAGCGAUAAAUUGUCCAUUGACAAUGCAGUUGCUCCAUUAGAUUCUCUCAUGAACAAAAAAGCACAAGGUGAACUCCUUGUGGAACAUUUGCUCCACACAGGAGAGGUGGUUAUGGCUUCAACGUCAAGCAAAGGAAAAGAGUUGAUCAAGAGUGAUAUCGACGGUUUAAAGAAUAAUUUCAACGAGCUAUUCAAAGAAAUAAGUGAUCAAAAGCGAAACCUUGAAAAAACUAUUUCAAUGCUUCGAGAGUAUAAAGAAGAGUAUGAAAGACUAUCAGAAUGGCUGCAGCAAAUCGAUAUAAUUGUAAAAAACAACAAACUAGCUAUGUCCUCUAAUCUACAAGAAAAAGAAAAACAAGUAAAAGAUAUGCAAGAGCUGCUUGGACGGUUAAGCAAAGGGCAAUCAGAAAUUGAUAAAUUCAAUGCAUUUGCAACGCCACUUCUGCACUCACAUCUGGAUUCAUAUAUUGGAAAUCAGUUAAGACAUCUGAACUCACGCUAUCAAGUGCAAGUUAAUAUAGCUAAAGACGUUUUGAAGAAGGUUGAAACAAAUUAUGAUCUUCACAAGGAUUACAAUGACUAUUUACAAAAAGCAAACGACUGGAUUGAGAACGCUAAGGAGAUAGUUAGAGUUUCGACAGAUAAUGUAGAAAGAGUAAGUAAAGAAAAUUUGGAAAAACGUUUAGAAAAAAUCGUCGAGCUGAUUCAACAACGAGAUCAAGGGCAAAAUCUUGUAAACAAUACUAUCAAUACCGGAGAGAAAGUAGUGAAAUGUACCAAGUCCGAUGGUAAAGAAGUAAUCAAUAAUGAGCUAAGAGAAAUUCAGAAUAGUUGGGACCGGUUGGUUAAAAAGAUGUCUACAGCUAAGGUUCAUUUAGAAACAAGCUUACUCCAAUGGGCUGAUUAUAGCUCCAGUUAUAAUCAUCUUCAACAAUGGAUCCAGGAUCGGGAAUCUAAACUUCAAAGAGUUUCGGAGCAGAAAGUUGUUCGAUUCAAGACAGGAACACCCACAAGCCUCAGUAGUGGCUUGAAUGAAAGAAGAGCUAAUUUACGUCAAGCAAAUGAUAUUGUUCAGGAUAUAGUAUCUUUCGAACCAAUGAUACAAUCAGUUGCGAAUAAGGCAUCGGAUCUUCAUCAAACAUCUCCUGCAUCUGAAAUUUCACACAAAUAUGAAAAUUUGAGUAAACAGGCUAAAGAGGUUUUUGCUAAACAGAAGGAAACUGUUGAGCUACAUCAAGCCUUUAUUGACACGAGUAAUGAAUUUGCAGCAUGGAUUCGGAAUGCGAAGGAAAAUAUCAAUAAAUGCACAGAUUAUAAAGGAGACAAAGAUUCACUGAUUUCAAAAAUGACACAGUUGAAAAUUCUUGAAAACGAUGCUCCUGUUGGGCAAAAAAAGCUUGAGAAAGCGUUGCAACAAGCUGAAAUAGCUUGUCAAAUAGUAGAUUCAGGGGAAUGUGAAGCAAUAGAGAAAGAAGUAGCUCUCCUUCAGGAAGAGUUCGACAACUAUUGCUUAGCUUUGAAGAAGAUUGGAACAGCUCUUGAAAACGGUAUAGUUCGAUGGACAGAAUACGACGACCAGUACAAAAUAGCACAAAAAUGGUUGGACAAUAUCGAAGGAGAAAUACAGCAGUAUAAUAAAAUGCAAAGCAGUCUCGAAGAGAAAAAGUAUGUACUGGAAGAAUUCCAAUCAAAAUUACAAACAUUAUUUGAUUGGCAACGAGAGCUAGAUAAUUUGAACAUGAAAGCUCAGGUACUCCUAGACAUUUGUGCUGAUACCAGAGUCAGUAAUGGUGUUACACAGCUGACAACCAAAUACAAUGUGCUGCUGUCUAUUGCAAAAGAAACCAUGAGAAGACUAGAACAGCAUUAUCAAGAACAUCAACAACAUAACACUCUUUUCGGCGAAUGCCAUGAUUGGCUUGACAGAAUUCAUGAAAAAGUUAACGAAUGUGAUGCCACGCCACAAACUAUAACGGAAACGCAAUCCAAAUUAAAUAUAAUAAAAGGAAUCCGACAGAACCUUGAGCAAGGCCAAAACAAACUGCGGUAUUUAUUUGAACUUAAGGAAAAAAUAGUGCUUAGCACUGAACCCAACGGUGCAUCCAAAAUAGCGGAAGAUACGGAAAACAUUAAAGCUGAUUAUGAGUCUCUAAUGGUGGAUAUUAAUGAAAAUCGUCAAAAACUUAUGAAUCAUUUGGCACUCCUUGAGGAUUUGGGCAAACUUUCAAAAGUUCUUUCUGAAUGGAUUGAAGAGGUGCAUGGUAAAAUGAAUGAGAGUCCAACUCCCAGUGAGUUAUCCGACACUAGAGUUGCACUUGAGAAAUAUCGUACUAUUCAACGAGAAACUGGUAACUAUAAUGAUAUUGCUGGAAAAAUUAAAGAGAAGAUUGCUGGCAAUGACAGCAUUCGUAGUGAGAAGGUCAAUCAAUUGCUUAAAGAUUAUGAUGAUGUGAUAUUUAAGUUGAGCAACGAGAUCGAGAAGUUAGAAAACAGUGUUAACAAUUACGAUAAAUUUAAACAAGGGCUUCAAAUGCUGUAUGACUGGAUGAAGUUAACUCGCCUCAAUACUGAGAAAACGUCAGAUUAUCAUGGUGAUAAAAAUCAUAUUAUUGAACAAAUGAAUAGAAUAAAAGAAAUACAGCUGUCCUUUUCUGAGGGCAAAAUACUGCUAGAAAAUGCUCAAGAGCUUGGCAACAGACUACUACAGAUUGUUAAUCAAGAAGGUCACGAUACAAUCAAACAAGAACUUCUCCAAGCAAAGUCGGAUUGGGAAGAUAUUGGAGUUCUAACGAGUACGACCUAUCAGGGAAUGAUGGAUGUUUUAUCUUCUUGGGAACGCUUUACUGAAAAAAUUGAUGAUGUUACCGCUUUUAUCGAGGAGUAUGAAAACAAAAUAUCUUCACUUAAUGACGAAAAUGUUGUCGAUCAAGAUGAUAAGCUCAAGCAAAUGAAGCAUAUCUUCAAUAUAAUUGUGAACAAGAAAAAUUCUAUUGAAGAAUUGAACGAUAUGUGCGAAGCAUUAAUGGAAAAAUGCGCAUGCUCUAUGGUUCGAGACCGCACGGUUGAACUGCAAAAAAAAUAUUCCACACUGUUGGCGAACUUGCAAGCAUUGAUCUCGAAACUGGAAAAGAACGUAGUCAGCCAAACAGAAUACAUUUACUUCAAAGACGAAAUGCAAAAAUGGAUUGAUGGGGCGAAACAAGCUAUCAGUAGUUCACAGUAUUCGACAUCUGAUGAUAUUGGCAAUAUCAUUAACAAAAUUAAUGCUAUGCAAUCACUUGCAAAUAGCAUUCCUCAAGGCCAAAAACUUUUCGAAAUGUUGCAGGACUCGUUUACCAAAUCAUCUUAUAUGUACUCCGAAGACAAGCAAUCCGAUAUGUUUCAAACAAUAUCUGAACAACGUGAUCAAUUGGAUGCCAUCGUUACGAACCUAAAUGUAACUCUCAAUGAUUUGAACUCUAAGCAUAUUCGUUUGGAGCAAUAUGAAGAAAUGAAAAGAGCUAUAACAGAAUGGAUGAAUUUUACUGAGAAAGCUUAUGAAAUGCUUCCAGAUACUCACGGAGAAAUGAGUGAGCUUAAAAUGUUACUAGAGAAAAUCAAACAUAUUCUCACUGAAGUUACAUUCAAAAAAGUAGACUUGGAUAAUAUUCAACAGGAAGCAGCUGAAUUGUUUGAAUCGAACAAAAGUGACAUUGAAAAUGACUUAAUACAGAAUUUACAUAAGCGAAAUGAUAAAAUGAAGGAAAGAUGUACUUACGGUAUACAAAAAUUGGAGAUGGAAUUGAAUGAUCAGAUGAUGUAUUAUCAGACUCUGCAAGAAAUUGAGAAAUGGUUGCUUCAGAUUUCAUUCCAACUAAUGGCGCACAAUUCUUUAUACAUCCAUAAUCGGGAACAGACUAUGGAGCAAAUUGAGCAACACGAGAAAUUACUCAAUGAAAUCCAACGGUAUCAAAUAAACAUUGAUGACUUCAACGUAAAAGCACAAAGUCAAAUAGAACGAUAUGUAUCACUUUCACCAAACAUAAAAAAUCAGAUAGAAAACCAGAUAAAAAAUAUUCAAGACAGUUAUAGCUCACUUUUGAAUACAUCGGUACAAAUAAAAAACCGCCUAUAUGAUUCGCUUCAUAAGUUCCAAGAAUAUGAAGAUACCCUGAAUGAUAUAACACGAAAUCUUGAUAAAGUUGAGCCUGAGGUGGCACAAGGAAAAGAAAUUAGUGCUACCGAAUUUAUGACGGUGAAAAAACAGCUGGAGCGUGCCCAGAAAAUUCAUAAUAAGUUACAAGUUGAAAAAAGCCGAUUAAUCCACGCCGUGCAAGCAUGUGAAGCAGCUACUGCUAGUAUUAGCCGACCAAGUUCACCCAUUGAUAGUGCCCAUCAAGUAGUUCCAGAAAAUGAACUAAUAGUACGUGCACGACUGGAAGAUUUGAUAGAUGAGGUACAAGCUUGGAUAACAGAUCUAAUAGCAGCAGCUAACGAUUGUGAACGACAACAGAAACAAAGAUGUGAGCUAGAGCAAUGGAUUACAAAACAGAAUACAGUUAUCAAUGACUGGUCUUCUAAGCCAUCCAAGUUCAGAUCUGAAGCUGCUGAACAAGAACUCAAACAAAUGAGUGAACUACUGAGAAAUGUCAUUAUAAAGAAAGAUGACCUUAGUUCUACUGAAGACUCUCUUGCUAUCAAACUGGAUGAUCUUCAGGCACAGCUCAAGAAAGUUAUUGACAAAAAAUCUGCUAAUCAAAUUUGUAUAGAACGAUAUAAAAAAUGUUAUGAAGACACUCAACAUUGGUUGGAUGCAAUAAUCGGCCAAAUUGACAAUCUUGAAAAAGGAAAUGGAUUCAGCUGCAAACAGCGGCUUGAAAAGGCAGCAAAUAUUCAAAAAAUCCUAAGUGAUAAUUGUGACAACCUAAAAAAAUACAAGGAAAAUGCAUCUAUUGUCAUUGAACUCGUGAGUAACUUGGAUGCGCAACAAGUGAAUGAACAAAUCAAAUCAAUGGAUCGACGGUUUCAAGAUAUCAAUAAAAGACUAAACCGUAAAUUUGAGAUUAUUGAUGGAACAAACAAAGCGCUCCUGAAAAUCGUCUCCGAUGUUGACUCAGUACGUCAGUGGCUCAACGAAAAGAGCGAUUUGAUCAAAACACCCUACACACUUGGAUUUGAAGCAAAAUCGGCCGAAGCGCAACAGCAAGCUUUUAAGAACUUACUCAAAGAAGUGGAAAACAGGCAAACCUUUACAGAUGGUAUACGUAAAAGAUUUUCGAGUAUCCAAAGUGAUUUGGAAAAGCAUGAAAAACAGCCAUUGGAAGAAAGUUUGAAUAUACUCUCUGAUGAGUUUAACGCCUUGUGUGAAUACGUGCGGCAUGAAAUUGAGAAAAUUUCAGAUGAAAUCCUUUGCCGUAAGAAUAUGCAAAACAACUUCGAAAUGACACGUACAUGGAUUAAGUCCAAAUUGAACGAUGUAAAUAAAAUUUCAGAGCAAUUGCCUCUAUUGGCAUCCAACGUUUUGUCUGAAAUAAAUCUAUGUAAACGACAUGAUGUCACCAUACGUGAAUUCGAAGAAAAAGCGUUUAAAGAUUUUACCAAUCAAGUUAAAGAAAUUAUGAAAGACUGCAAUGAUGAUGGUCAGAAAAAAUUGUUACAUGAUGUAAAUGUGCUCAAGAAACAAUUGAUGGAGUUAACAGAAUGCUGUUCAAGGAAAAUUGAAUUCAUGGAACGGGAACGUGCGAAGCGUUUGGAAUAUGAAGGCAGAAAAGAUCAAUUAAACGCUUGGUUUGCCGAAGUCGAGCCUAUUGCACUGGUUAAUAUUAGAAUCACCAGCUUAGAUAUUCUCAAAGACCAAUUUGAUCAAAUUCAAAAGGUAAUGAAUGAAAGUUUUGCAACUAAGACAUGCUUGAAGGAGGUCGACGAAUACAAGAAUGCCAUUGUUCCAACAUUGAACGAUAUUGAUAAAAAUAGUAUCAACAUUCAAGUUAAAGCAUGUUAUGACAAGUUUAAUAGCCUUCAAAAUACACUGUCAACUAAGCUAGAAAAAAUCAACACCAAUAUAAGUGAUUUUGAAAACGCUCUGGGGAAGAUAAAAAAAUGUGAAGAGCUUUUAAGUCAGGUACAGAACCAAAUUCGAGAAAUGAACAAGCCAGUUGCAAGUAAAAUUGAGUGCAUUCAAGACUUCAUGAUGUCCUAUGAAACCAUUCUAGCUGAUUUAAAAGAGCAACGUCUGGAACUGAAUUCUAUUCUACUGACCAAUAUUCCACAAUUACAAGAAAAUACAUCAAAAUUGGAAGAAAUGAUAAUAGCAAUAGAAGAACAGUUAAGACGAUUAAAAACAAUAUUGAAUAUGAAGGAGCAGUUUAUUGGAGCUUUAAAUGAUGUCGUUAAAACAAUAUCAAAAAUCACCACAGACUUUAAUGAAAUUGAUCAUUUUUCGAAAGAUAUUGAAGUACGUAUACAGAAAUAUGACGACAUUCUUAUUCAAAUAGAUGACUGUAGUUCUAUGCUUGCUAAUGCUUCUGAAAAGGGACGCCUAAUAGCAAAUGAAGGUACUGAUUUUGAUCGCCACAAUAUAAUGGAACAAAUUCAUUCACUGAAGAUUCAGUUAGAUACUAUAAAGCGAAAUGUAACUGGUGACAAAGAUAAAAAUAGAAAGCAACAAGUUCAUCAUAACGCUCUCUCCCAAGAAUAUACUACCUUACUUGAUUGGUUCAAAAAAAAUAUUGAAGUGAUCGAAUCUCGACCGUUAUUCAGCGAAGAUUUGAACGAAUCAGCUGAAUUAAUAAAAUUACAUGAGAGUCUAUGCGUAGAGGCACGAGCAAAAACUAGUCAACUAAACAAUCUUGCCAAAAAAACACAAUCAGACACCAGAUUACCUAGUAAUCUUCAAUUGCAAAUCGAAACAGCUGAACGGUUUAGGAAUAUUGUUCCAAAGGAACUAGUCAGCCGUGGGGAUUAUCUUCUCGCUAAUCAUAACUACCGAGUUGCAUAUCAUAAAAGCCUCGAUCAAGUAAACAAGUGGAUUGAGCAAACUGAACAUUUUUUGGCAAAAUCACCCACAUUCAAAGUCGAUAUUGAUAGUUUGAAUCAAGAUUUAUUCGAACUAGGGAAACUUAUGGAAUCUGAAGCUGCUGUGAGAAACGUACUCUAUCAUGAAAUACAAGAACAGGCUGAUUUAUUCUGGAAUACCCUUACGGAGAAAGACCAAAACCAAUGUCUAUCACAAUUGCAGCACUUAAAGAUGCGUCUGACUGAAUUUUCCGACAAAAUUGCAAUGAAUCAAAAGGAAAUUCUUUUUAAUAAGGACAUACUUGAGCAACAUGCUUGUCAGCGCAGUAAAAUAGUUUUGUGCCUACAGAACAACAAGCUGGAUGAUUCAAUGAUGACUGAACCUAUGCUUUCAGCACGUAUAGAUCUCGUUGGCAAGAUGCUGGAAAUACUUCGGACGAACCAACACGAACUGGAUACAUUUAACAAAAUAUCUAGUACUAUUAUUGGAAAAAGCGAUAGUAUUGAUAGUGAACCCAUCAGUGCUGAAAACCUUGAACUCAACAAUAGAUGGAUUAACGAGGCAAGUAUUCUAGAAAAUUUACAAGAAAACUUGAUUCAGCUUCGACAACAGUGGACUCAACUGGAGGACAUUCUCCAAGAGCUAGAAACAAAAUCUAGCAGUUUACUAGAGAAGGAUAACAACCUCGAUUCAAUUGUACGAUCGAAAGAAAAUCUCCAAACGAAAUUAUCAUCAUUGCAGAAUUUAUUGGAUGACAAGACGGUGCUCAAUCAGUUGAAUAAAAAAGCAAAUUCUCUGGCUAAAACUUUAAUUGAAGCCUUACAGAAACAAAAACUGUCUCCGCAUACUUUAGAAGAGAAGCUAAUCCAUUUGAAUCAAAUCGAUUCUAGGCUGACGGAAAAUUUAAAAGCAAAACAUCGUAAUAUUAAUGAGAAGGCUGAUAAAUUGCAAAACUUCUCGAAUAAAGUAUCUUCACUUACUUCUUGCGCAGAAGCAUUAUUAGAAAAACUCAAGGCUAUCAAUCCGUUUGAUGAACGAUUAUAUCAAACGGAGCAAAAUCUUUUAUCGUGCAAGUCUAAGGCUCAAGAGUAUACAGAACAAUCACACCACCUUAACCAAGAAAUACGGGAAGAAUAUUUAACUUCACAAGAGUUCAUUCCUGUUGAUAUAGAUCAACAACAAAAAUCUUUGGAGGCAUUAGUGUUCAACAUAACCGAAACCAUGGAGGAUUUCAACUGCAAAUUCCAAAGAGCUAAAGAAAUAAGGACUAACUAUUUUGUUGUAUACGAUAAAAUCAAAACAUGGAUUGAAAAUGCUGAACUAGCCAUUAGUAAUCACAAUAUCGACCCAAGCGAAUUGAAAACCAAACUAGUUGCACUGAUUCAUGAGAGUAGUGAAGUAAGAAUUGCAUACGAGCAACUGGUUUACAAUGGCAGUGAAAUAAUAGAAAAUUGCAGAGACCACAAUGAUCGAAAAGCAAUGCAAGCUAAUAUGGAUCAAAUAUCAUACGAGCUUUCGAAAACAAUCCAACUUAUUGAGGAGAAAAAUCACACUGUUGAUCAAAUACUAGGAAAUUGGGCAAACUUCAUGCGAGUAUACCAAUUAGUUAUUGAAUGGUCGCUGAAAUUAAAAAUAUUGCUGGAUCGGAAGCUGCAGUUGAAUUCACUUCAAGAUGCUCAAUUAGCACGCCAAGACUAUGCUACCGCUGUUUCAAGUUUGACUGAUGUAUCGCAAAACUUAAGCGAAAUGAACCACGAAUUCGAUAAAAUUAACGAAGUGUGCUCGACGGGAUACUUGAAAAACAAACUACACGAAGCCGAAACAUUAAAAAUCGAUAUAGAAACUGUGCUUUUCGAACGGAAUUUGUAUUUACAAGAAACCACAGAGGAAUGGUUGCAAUUUGAACACAAAAUCAAAAGCGUUAAAGAAUGGAUUGAAGACAGCUAUAAAACAUUGGGUUCAGCAGAUCUCAAAAACAAACCAUUACGUGAUCAAUUAAGAAUACUAGAACAAAUGCUUGCUGACGUAUCGGCGCAGAAAAUUAAAGUUAAUAUGUCACUAGAAAAGCUACAGGUUCAUUUUCAUUCAGAGAUUAUAUACACUGAAAAUCUAAAUAUUGUGCAUGAUGGGCGUGUUGUUAUUGAACAACUCGACAAACUUAAUAGAGAUGUUUUCCACAAUACACAAAAUUUAGACAAAGCAUUGACACAAAUCGAAGAUUGCCAAAGCGAAAUGCAAACAAUACGUCAACGUAUUGUGCAGGAGGAGCAGCAACUUCGAAAUAUUUUGUCACCACUUCAUCAGUCUAGCGAAAGUGAGAAAAAUGAACAGACACUUUCCGAAAGCGUGGAAAAUAUUUUGAGUCGCUGCUCAACGAGGAAGAAAAAAUGAACAAUCUACCAUAUGAUGACGUGAAUAGUCUAAUAAAGGGACUACAGGUACUUAUUGAAAACUUGGCUGUCUACAAACAACAAAACCACAUGAUAUCUAUGUCCCUUCCACAAAACGCUGAUGUAAGGGUUAGAGAGUCCAUUAGCCUGAUUGAUAGUAGAAUCGAUUUA